AUGCCGAAUCUGAAAAGGGUAGGCGGGAACGAAAUAUAUUUUUCGUGGUUUUCUGAAAUGUAUGCCGAUGACAAGUCGUCGGUACAAGUCGUCGGUAGAACAAAUAGCGAUCCGUGUGAACUCUAUGUUGACGACAUGCAUGUCGUCGGUAUAGGCCAUCGUAAUCUUACACUUCUCUCUCGAAAUCCUAUUUGCAGACCAGACGCCUCCUUGACCUUCGAGAGCCAGUAUAGGGUCUCAUCAGAGGACCACCGUCGACCUCACUCUCUUUCCAACCUCUCUCAGACCAUCGACAUCAGAUCACCAUCAUCUGUUGUAAGAGGAAAAAGAACCCCAAGGCAGAAUUUGAACCAAGGGCAAAAGGGGUAUCACAAAGAAGUGAAUAUUUGAAAAUUCGCAGAAGCAAAGAUCCUGAUGCAUCAAUGCCUGAGGC